CUCUCUUCGAUUCAAUGAGCAAACGUAUUGCUUAUUUACUACUGCAAAAUGACGUGGAAAAGGGUGGCAAUGAUGGUUUGUACAGUUCUCAUUCUAUGGAAACGGACUUAUGGUGACGUUUUAGAUUGCACUCCGGCCAUGUCUAACAGAUCAGUGGCGUUGUCAAGCACAAACUCAUCGGUGAACAUUUCAAGUCCAACAACAUCUUUUCCAAGCUCGUCGGUUUAUUGUUCAUGGAAAGCAUUCGUUCCCUUAGGAUACCAGAUUAAAGUUCACUUCAGUUCCUUUAACAUAAGAGACAAUUCGAACUGUUCCAAUGCGUCUAUAGAAAUAGCCGAAGUACGGAACGAUUUUCACACAGUCCUUGGACGAUAUUGUGGAAAAAUUCCGAAUGACGUCUUUUCUACCCACAACUUGGACACUCUCACAGUAAUAUACACCGCAUCAAAUGAGCCUAGACAGACACAUCCAGGAUUUCAUGCCUCUAUUAUGCUUAUACCACCAGCGGAGUGUCGCCAAGAUCAUCACCCUGAUGCAAACAAUAACAUAAUGAGGAACGGUACAAAUGGCACCAUUCGCAGCCCCCUUAAUUCAUCGGCUCCCGAAAUAAAUACGAAAUGCCGCUGGACCAUAACAGUACCCAGCGGUCACCGUAUCAAGCUUAACUUCAGUGUCUUUCACCUGGGGAAAACUGCAGGGCAGGAUACUUGCGAUGGCGUUGAUUACGUGGAUGUGCGGGAUAGCUACAAUGAAAAUGACCCACCCUAUGGAAAGUUCUGUGGAAAUGUGAAACCUUCUCCGAUAUAUUCAGUCGGGCCAAGGAUCGUGGUAACGUUUGUAUCAGACGAAAAAGGAUUUUCUCGGGGAUUCUCCGCUACGUAUGAGGCAAUAUCUGGAGGUGUAUGUACCCCUAAAAACAGAAUCGUUCAACUUAAUUUGACCCAAAAUUCAAUAGGCCGUUUAUCGACACCAGACUACCCCCUUCAAUUUUCUCCUGUCACCUCGUGUUUUUGGCGACUAAAGGCACCUGAUGGCUACUACAUUAUGCUUAAUUUCACUUCGUUAAGUAUUGGAGGAAACUGUGAAGAAGACGGUCAUCAAGGAGAAUUAAUGCGCGUCGAUGAUUUUUUCACUGCUGACUUUGGCAGUGUUACUUCUUUUUGGGGUCAGUACUGCAAAGGUGUGCAACCGCAAGUAAUAUACUCCACACGAAAUGAACUCCAAAUUUUUUUCACUUCUGAUUAUUCAAUUGGAAAGGAUUACAUCAGUGGAAAGCAGGUGGAUCCUAACUCUGCCACUGGCUUUUAUGCGACUUACGAGGUUACUCAGCAAGAUUCUACAAGCCGCUGUCGAACUGAUUUAAACGCAGAAAAUCACAUAACUAUGAAAGGAAGUACAGGUUCUCUAGUAAGCCCAGGGUAUCCAAAUUCCUAUCCCAUAAUUACUUGUACGUGGAGUCUUGUCGUUCCGGAUGGUCAUAUUCUAGAAAUGAACGUGAAAGAUUUUGAAAUCUCUUGUUUUGGAAACAGUAAACUACAAAUCGGAAAGGAGGACUUCUGCGGUUCAAAUAAACCCCAAGGCCUUUUGACAUCCGAUUCUGACUUAAGAGUAAAGAUGGUUGUAACGAAGGCGCAAAAUAACCGCGGAUUUCGUGCAGAGUUUGUAACAAAAAAGAAAGAAUUCGAUGCGGCAUCGAUCGUUCCGUGGAUAGUGGUUCCAGUCAUUAUUGUGGCGGUUUGCGUGACCAUGGUGGUAAUUUGGAGACGGAAAUCAUCAGUUGGGCGUGACAGCCGUGCGUCUUCAUUCAGGACCAGUAUAAUUAAGAGGAUGAGAACCCAGUCAACCAACAGUCAGGUCCAAUCCGAAUGAAAUGCACACUCCUGUGUGCAGUCUAACUGCCGAAGAAUCAUAACGUCGGUUAACAUAGUAAUAAACGAAAAGAGCGAAUUACAACCUUUUGACAAAUAAUCCUUUGAAGUGAGGUAUUUCCCGCUUGAAGGCUUUUUUUUUAAUAUUUGAGUUGGUUCUGCUAUGAUGGUGAGGUGCACAGCCUUUAGUGAAAACCAUGAAUUGAUGAUAGAAGAGAAAACAUUCCAAGUCGCGCUAUACCUCUUGUCAGUGAGUUUUAUAAAUAAAAAAAUAAAGAAAGAAAUAACUUUAUUUAGCGAGGGAAGCACUUUACAGUCUUAGACUGAAAAACCUGUGGCCCUCACCUAAAUUACAAUACGAAAAAAGUUACAAACAAUUGCAAUAAGUUAAAUGACCUAGCUAUCAACAUGCAAUUAAAAACUAAAAGUUAAGAGUAUUAGGAUAUUAGAAAAUGAUCAAUACUAGCGUACCCCUCCUUUAUGUGCUCAAUACAUUUGCGUUUAAAAGAGUUGAUAGUUUCGCUAGAUCUUAUUUUAACAGAUCUUAUUUUAUAGAGACUUGGCCUCAUAAUCUAAAGAGAGUUGUCUUCAAAGAUGUACAAUUUUGUAAGUUUCGCAUACAAUUAGAUAUUCUCUUUAAAUUCAACUAAUAUGUUAAUAGAAUUAGAUCAAAAACGGUCUUCAGAAAUUGCAGGUAAAAACUUGUUGCCACUAUUGUC